AAAAAAUGGUGGUGCAUUAAAAUUUUUUAUGUCUUUUUAUUUCUCUUCAAUUGUACAGUUUGACACAAGUGAUACAGCAGAAAACGAAUUGUUCGAAAUAUUCAAUCAACUUCCUGAAAUCCCUGCUAAAGCGGAUCAAACAACUGCUAGUGCGAUUAUUGAAAAACUUGCUACAGAAAACAACUUUACACUUGUUACUAGCAAGUCUGAAAAGACUCGUAUGCACUUCAAGUGUAUCAAGGGUCAGAAAUACAGAAACAUAAAAAACUUGAAAGGAAAAGCUCGCCAAAGAGCCACAAAAUCAGUUUGUAAUGAAUGCCCAUACCUUAUUCGUCUUCAAAACAAAAACAACAAAGGAUAUAAAAUACAACCUCUAAAGGAAAUCAAAUGAUGGAAAAAUAUCAUAAUCAUCCUAUCAAUACAGUCAAUCUUCUCAGUAUAUUUAAGGGCCAUAGACGAAACCUCAACGUAGCAGAGAUCAGUUCCAUUAGCACGGUAUAGCCCAAAAUGCAAAAGCUCGCGAUAUUCAGAAUUCGAUCAACAUCGGUAAUAAAUAUAACAAAGUGCCGGUCUAUGAUGUCAACAACCUUCGAUAUACAAAGAGGAGACCUGAGACUAAUUCUAAAGCUUCAGAAAGUGAAGGAACCAACUUGAUUUUGACAAUGGAGUGCAAUGGCUACAUUCAUCCUGCUCGAGAUGGUCUUGUUUGCUGCUGCUUGAACAAAACCAAGUAUGGAAUGUUGUAUCGUCAUGACCUUGCCAAGCCAGAGCUUCAAAG